GAUCGCAGGCUCUAGGGCUGAAGCAGGAGGAGGGAAAGACUGGAAGGAAGAGAGACAGGUUAGAGGGAAAAAGGCUUGGAAAGAAAACAGCAGGAAAGAAGCUGCUCAUCACACUUCUAGAGAGGCAAAUGAUGGUGGAGAUCAGGACAGAGAAAGACAAAACUAUGAAAGCCAAAAAAUACAAAUAAAGCGAAAGAGGAGAAAAUGCCAAGAAGAACAUCCAUCCGGAGAAAUGAAGAGAAUGAAAGUUUUAUGCUGCAGAGCCGUUCUAUGUUUUUCCGGCACAAAAUUCUCUUGCUGUUUUUAAGCCCUUUUGCGUUUGCCAGCCGUUGACAUUGAGGCAUGUUCAGCGGUGCCAGCAACGUCUCCUCUUCCUUCUCCUCUUCCUCAUCUUCCUCCUCAUCCUCCUCCACCAUCACCACCACCACCACCGCCUCCUCCUCCUCCCCCUCCUUCUUUUCCUCCUCCUCCUCCUCCCAUCAGCAAGAAGACAAACCGAGGACAGUCUUGAAAUAUCGAAAUUUCCUCCUUGGGAUUUGCCAGCGCCGCGUUGCGCCAAGACUGUCGGAAUAAAAGGACGCUGACUAUUGUAUUAUUUUAUUAAUUGGUCAGUGGGAAGAUUACAGAUGAGGAAAGGGGACGCCUGUCACCCUUCCUGCGCUAAGAUUGAAAAAUGAGGCUGAUUUCGGGGAAGCCCUAAAAUGAAGCAAAAGGAAUAAGAUUUUUAAGGACAGAAAGCCACAGGAGCCCCCACAUAGCACACUUUUAUUUGUAUUUUUUAAGAUUUUUUUUUUUCGUGGUGGUGGGGGAGGUGAUUGGGUGGCUGACUGGCUGCGGGAAGCUGCUUCCUUUCUCUUUGGAGAUGAUUGUGCUAUUAUUCUUUGCCUUGCUCUGGAUGGUGGAAGGAGUCUUUUCCCAGCUUCACUACACAGUGCAGGAGGAGCAGGAACAUGGCACUUUCGUGGGGAAUAUCGCUGAAGAUCUGGGCUUGGACAUUACAAAACUUUCAGCUCGCAGGUUUCAAACGGUGCCCAACUCGCGGACCCCUUACUUGGACCUCAACCUGGAGACCGGGGUGCUGUACGUGAACGAGAAGAUCGACCGCGAGCAAAUCUGCAAGCAGAGCCCCUCCUGCGUCCUGCACCUGGAGGUCUUCCUGGAGAAUCCCCUCGAGCUGUUCCGGGUGGAGAUCGAAGUGCUGGACAUCAAUGACAACCCCCCCUCCUUCCCGGAGCCGGACCUGACCGUGGAGAUCUCUGAGAGCGCCACGCCGGGCACCCGCUUCCCGCUGGAGAGCGCAUUCGACCCAGACGUGGGCACCAACUCCUUGCGCGACUACGAGAUCACCCCCAACAGCUACUUCUCCCUGGACGUGCAGACCCAGGGGGAUGGCAACCGAUUCGCCGAGCUGGUGCUGGAGAAGCCGCUGGACCGAGAGCAGCAAGCGGUGCACCGCUACGUGCUGACCGCGGUGGACGGGGGAGGAGGGGGAGGAGGAGGAGAAGGAGGGGGAGGCGGCGGGGGAGGGGGCCUGCCCCCCCAACAGCAGCGCACCGGCACUGCCCUACUCACCAUCCGAGUGUUGGACUCCAACGACAAUGUCCCCGCCUUCGACCAACCCGUCUACACUGUGUCUCUACCAGAGAACUCGCCGCCCGGCACGCUCGUAAUCCAGCUCAACGCCACAGACCCAGAUGAGGGCCAGAAUGGCGAAGUCGUGUAUUCUUUCAGCAGCCACAUUUCGCCCCGGGCGCGGGAGCUCUUUGGACUGUCCCCGCGUACUGGCCGGCUGGAGGUGAGCGGAGAGCUAGACUAUGAAGAGAGCCCGGUGUACCAAGUGUACGUACAAGCCAAGGACCUGGGCCCCAACGCGGUGCCCGCGCACUGCAAGGUGCUAGUGCGGGUCCUGGAUGCUAACGACAACGCGCCGGAGAUCAGCUUCAGCACCGUGAAGGAGGCGGUGAGCGAGGGCGCGGCGCCCGGGACCGUGGUGGCCCUGUUCAGCGUGACCGACCGCGACUCCGAGGAGAACGGGCAAGUGCAGUGCGAGCUGUUGGGGGAUGUGCCGUUCCGCCUCAAGUCUUCCUUCAAGAACUACUAUACUAUCGUGACCGAAGCCCCCCUGGACCGAGAGGCUGGAGACUCCUACACUCUGACCGUUGUGGCUCGGGACCGGGGCGAGCCUGCGCUCUCCACCAGUAAGUCGAUCCAGGUCCAAGUGUCAGACGUGAACGACAACGCACCGCGGUUUAGCCAGCCGGUCUACGACGUGUAUGUGACCGAAAACAACGUGCCCGGCGCCUAUAUCUACGCGGUAAGCGCCACAGACCGCGAUGAGGGCGCCAACGCCCAGCUAGCCUACUCUAUCCUCGAGUGCCAGAUCCAGGGCAUGAGCGUCUUCACUUACGUGUCCAUCAACUCUGAGAACGGCUACUUGUACGCCCUGCGCUCCUUCGACUACGAGCAGCUCAAGGACUUCAGCUUCCAGGUGGAAGCUCGGGACGCCGGCAGCCCCCAGGCUCUCGCCGGUAACGCCACCGUCAACAUCCUCAUCGUGGAUCAGAACGACAACGCCCCCGCCAUCGUGGCGCCCCUGCCUGGGCGCAACGGGACUCCAGCGCGGGAGGUGCUGCCCCGGUCGGCGGAGCCGGGUUACCUGCUGACCCGCGUGGCCGCAGUGGACGCAGACGACGGCGAGAACGCGCGGCUCACCUACAGCAUUGUGCGGGGCAACGAAAUGAACCUCUUCCGCAUGGACUGGCGCACCGGGGAACUCCGCACCGCGCGCCGGGUGCCGGCCAAGCGCGACCCCCAGCGGCCUUACGAGCUGGUGAUCGAGGUGCGCGACCACGGGCAGCCGCCCCUGUCCUCCACUGCCACACUGGUGGUGCAGCUGGUGGACGGAGCAGUCGAGCCCCAGGGAGGGGGCGGGGGCGGAAGCGGGGGGUCAGGGGAGCAUCAGCGCCCCAGCCGCUCCGGCGGCGGGGAGACCUCGCUGGACCUCACUCUCAUCCUCAUCAUUGCGCUGGGCUCAGUGUCCUUUAUAUUCCUGCUAGCCAUGAUCGUGCUUGCCGUGCGUUGCCAAAAAGAGAAGAAGCUGAACAUCUACACCUGUCUGGCCAGUGACUGCUGCCUCUGCUGCUGCUGCUGUGGCAGUGGGGGCCCGACCUGCUGCGGCCGCCAAGCCCGAGCGCGCAAGAAAAAACUCAGCAAGUCAGAUAUCAUGCUGGUGCAAAGCUCCAACGUACCUAGUAACCCGGCCCAGGUGCCCGUGGAGGAGUCCGGGGGCUUUGGCUCCCACCACCACAACCAGAAUUACUGCUACCAGGUCUGCCUGACCCCUGAGUCCGCCAAGACCGACCUGAUGUUCCUUAAGCCCUGCAGCCCUUCGCGGAGUACGGACACUGAGCACAACCCCUGUGGGGCCAUCGUCACUGGCUACACAGACCAGCAGCCCGACAUCAUCUCCAACGGAAGCAUUUUGUCCAACGAGACUAAACACCAGCGAGCAGAGCUCAGCUAUCUAGUUGACAGACCUCGCCGAGUUAACAGUUCUGCAUUCCAGGAAGCCGACAUAGUAAGCUCUAAGGACAGUGGUCAUGGUGACAGUGAGCAAGGGGAUAGUGAUCACGAUGCCACCAACCGCGGCCAGUCAGCUGGUAUGGAUCUCUUCUCCAACUGUACUGAGGAAUGUAAAGCGCUGGGCCACUCAGAUCGGUGCUGGAUGCCUUCUUUUGUCCCCGCGGAUGGACGCCAGGCUGCGGAUUAUCGCAGCAAUCUGCAUGUUCCUGGCAUGGACUCUGUUCCCGACACCGAGGUGUUUGAGACUCCAGAAGCCCAGCCGGGGGCCGAGAGGUCUUUCUCCACCUUUGGCAAAGAGAAGGCCCUGCACAGCACCCUGGAGAGGAAGGAGCUGGAUGGACUUCUGUCUAAUACACGAGCGCCUUACAAACCACCAUAUUUGACACGGAAAAGGAUAUGCUAGUCAAUUCUACAGGAUUUACCUGAAGCAGCAUGAUUUGCACAAAGUCGACCAACAAAAGCAUCAACUUUUCAACUUCAUUAUCUUGGCCAUCAGUUAGUUGUGUGUACCCGAGUACUAGAUUGCCGUCGGAGUCGUCGUGGCCAGUUAUAGGACCUAAUUGCUCUCAGCAGGCCUGAGCAAUGAGUUGAAAUGUGCAGAACUGUAGAAACUUCAGAGGCAACUGCUCUUGCCUCUCCGAUCAGUGUGUGCCUGUUUACAGCGCUAUAUAUCUUUCUCUCUCCAAAUGUCACUGAGCCCUUUACAUGUUUAUAUUCACCACGAGAAGCCAGUCAUAAAGAUAAAGGAAAUUUGUGCAUUAUAAAUGCAAUAUCACUGUUUUAAACUUGACUGUUUUAUAUUCUUUUUGUGUGAUCAAGUGUUCCCCAAACUAUUCCAACUUUACAAGAGAGAUUGUGAUUAUGUUCUUUUCACCUGUGGGUUAUAAAAAAUGUUGUAUUCUGAAGACCCACAAAAUAUCAAAGACAUUCUGUAGUUUAUACACCGUGUUGCAAAGUGUUUACUGUACUAUUUCAAAGCUUCUAAAUAAAUAUAAAAUAUAUAUAUUAUAUUA